AUUUAGCCUUGGUCUGCUACCACCAUCUCAUCAGCUUAUACUCCCUCGUCUUCUCUACUUCAAAAUGGUCCACCUCGUCACAUCUGAUAACGAAUCCUUUACCACCGAGAAGGACAUCGUCGAGCGCAGCGUCCUUAUCAAGAACAUGCUUGAAGAUGUCGGUGAAUCCGACCAGCCCAUUCCGCUGCCCAAUGUUUCAUCAAGCGUUUUGAAGAAGGUCCUUGAAUAUUGUGAACACCAUCGGGGAGAGCCCCUUCCUGCUGCCGAUGCCGACCAAAGCCAAGAUGAUACGCGCAAGCGCACAACCGACAUUAGCGAAUGGGACCAGAAGUUUAUCACUGUCGACCAGGAAAUGCUUUUCGAAAUCAUUCUUGCUGCCAAUUACCUGGACAUCAAGUCUCUACUUGAUGUUGGAUGCAAAACGGUAGCUAAUAUGAUCAAAGGCAAGACCCCCGAGGAAAUUCGCAAGCUAUUCAACAUCGUCAAUGACUUUACACCGGAAGAGGAGGCUCAAAUCAAGAAGGAGAACGAAUGGGCUGAGGACCGGUGAUGGAUUGGCUUGUAUCAUUGUAGUAGAUAUGCGUAUUCUGCUGUCGUUGUCGAACUGUAUUUUUUCUCCAAAAGCACUUUAUAAUCUUCC